GCUGAUAUGAUCGGCUGACAGUUCAUUCGUGUUGUUAUUUUGCUCGUUAGCUAGCGUAUCUAACGAAGUAAUUUAGGGUGGCUAGCUUGCUAGCGGUCUAAAUUGGUGUUAUACUGUGGUUAAUUUUAAUUUUCAAUGUGUUUCUCGUAGAUUUAAAAAGUGGUAUAGUUACACAUUUUUAUUUGACUAGUCGUGAUAUCAAAGGAGCUGUCACUCCUAUUUAGCUCUCGUGCAGGAUGACUUCUCGGCGACCGGACAAUUUUGAUGGUUUAGGUUACAGAGGUAUUGAGGAUCCUGCUUACAGUGGGGGCUACAGUGGAAGGUCAUUUAAUAAUUCCUCUAGUGUGGACCUGCAGAAUUGGGUAACAACACCGCCAGAUAUUCCAGGUAGCCGAAAUUUACAUUUUGGGGAACGCACGCCCCAAUUUGAGGCGCCCCCUGGGGCACCUGGUGCUGAAGAUACACUGCCCACGGCUCCUCCAUCCGAGCAGUUGAACAGAUUUGCUGGAUUUGGUAUCGGGCUUGCAAGUCUCUUUACUGAAAAUGUCCUGGCUCACCCUUGCAUUGUGUUUCGUCGUCAGUGCCAGGUCAAUUAUCACGCCAGGUGCUACCAUCUGUCCCCAUUGACUGCUGUCAGUGUGAUGUAUAAUGUCACCAAGAGUCAGGGUCCUAAGGCCUUAUGGAAAGGAAUGGGCAGCACCUUUGUGGUACAGGGAGUCACAUUGGGAACAGAAGGCAUCAUAAGUGAAUGCACUCCACUACCACGAGAACUCUCCCACAAAUGGAACCCCAAGCAAGUUAUUGGGCAUUUGGUUCUGAAAGGUUUGACCUGUGUGGUUGCCAUGCCAUUUUACUCAGCAAGCCUCAUUGAAACUGUGCAGAGUGAGAUCAUCCGGGACAACCCUGGCAUCCUGGACUGUGUGAAGGAGGGUGUGGGCCGGGUCAUGGGAAUGGGCGUCCCCAACAGCAAGCGCCUGCUGCCCCUGUGGGGUCUCAUGCUCCCCACCGUGCUCCACGGGGUCCUCCACUAUGUGGUGAGCUCCACCGUGCAGAGGCUGGUUCUCUUCCUCCUGCGCCGGAAGAGUCCGGCCAAGCAGCCCGUGGAUGGCUCGGAGACGGUCCAGACCAUGCUGGAUGCCUACUUCCCAGAACUCAUGGCCAGUUUUGUGGCCAGUCUGUGUGCCGAUGUCCUCCUCUAUCCGCUGGAGACGGUGAUGCACAGGCUCCACAUCCAGGGCACGCGCACCAUCAUCGACAACACAGACCUGGGCUUUGAGGUCCUGCCCAUCAACACACAGUAUGAAGGCAUCCGGGACUGUGUAAAUGUGAUCCGACGAGAGGAGGGAGCCCUGGGAUUUUACAAAGGCUUCGGCUCCAUCGUGGUGCAGUACUCUCUACACGCCGCCGUGCUGCAGAUCACCAAGGUGAUCUAUUCCACCUUGCUGCAAAACGCUUAAAGAAAAACAAUGCAAAAUAUUCCUAAAUGUUAGUUUGACUUGGUGGUUGCCCCUUUGAAACCCUGUUUUUUUUUCAUGCCAGUCUGGGUUGUGCUCAUUCUGGAAAAUGUUGUCAUUUUCGAAAAACUAAAAUACCAAAAGAUGGCUUGAUUAUUUUUUCUGUACAGAAGCACAUUUCGAGUGUUUUGCCGAGAAUGGUGUCCCUAAUUUUCAGCACUUCCACUGUGUCACAAAGCACUGAAUAAUAAUAUGUACUAUGACGCAUGGAAUCAAUAAAUAUCCCCAAUGGUCAUAGAAGGAAAUACA